CAUGCGGAGGAACAAAUAGGAUAACUCGACCCAGGACCCUGACUUAGGCCUUUUUGGAGCGGUACAGCUGUGGACGCAAUAUAACUAUUAGAAAAAUGGCUCCUCGCAAGGGUAAGAAGGAGAAAGAAGAACAGGUUAUAAGCCUUGGACCCCAGGCUGCUGCUGGAGAACAAAUAUUUGGAGUUGCUCACAUUUUUGCCUCCUUCAAUGACACAUUUGUGCACGUAACAGACUUGUCUGGCAGGGAAACUAUUGCCCGUGUUACUGGUGGCAUGAAAGUCAAGGCAGACAGAGACGAGUCAUCACCAUAUGCUGCAAUGUUGGCUGCUCAGGAUGUUGCUGCUAGAUGUCAAGAAAUUGGCAUUACUGCCCUCCACAUCAAAUUAAGAGCCACUGGUGGUAACAGAACAAAGACACCUGGACCUGGAGCUCAGUCUGCACUGAGAGCUCUUGCAAGGUCAGGAAUGAAGAUUGGCAGAAUAGAGGAUGUGACACCUAUUCCAUCAGAUAGCACAAGAAGAAAGGGUGGAAGACGCGGACGUCGUUUGUAAAAUUUUGAAAUUGAUGAAUAAAAGUGAUAGAUAA